ACACAAGCUCCUCUACUCCACUCUUCCAACUGGUUAACAGCCACAGACGCUAAAAUGUCGACUCGCCGGACCAAUCGCAACGCAGCUGCCCUCGCAGUGAAUGCGAACGCUCCAACUGACCAAGGUGUCGCUCUUCCACCUAACAUGGCUCUGCAAGACGAUCCUGCAGUGCCGCAGGUGCCUGCUCCACAAGCCAAUGUUGGAGGUGCGCCCGAGCCGAGCGAUGAGUCGAACCCUGCGCACAUAGGUGCAGGAGGAGGUGAAGAAGGAGCGGAGAAGCGAACAGACAAGAUCGUCCUGAGGAACGUGAAAUCAGAUACUUUCUCCGGUGCAGGUUCCCCUGGAGCCUACGACUCUGAUGUUCAAGACUGGUGGGAGCUGUUCGCAGACCAAGACGAAGACGCUCAGAUAUUGGCUGGUUAAAAAUGGUCAGAGAAUGCCAAGAAGGCAGCGCUUUCUAUCUUUCUUACGGAUUCAGCGCGCACCUGGCUUAAAACUUACCGUGCCGCCUUUCCGAGCGCUACAUUUGAGGAAGCGGGAAACGCUCUUGAGGCCAAGUUCCGUCCGAACUUGACGGAUCAAGAGAUAUCAGCCCGAAUUUACUCGGAGGACAAACGCGCUUCGGAAACGUAUCAAGCGUAUGCCGACAGACUGGUGCAAAUGGCGGGUGGUCUUACAGGUGGAGUGACCCAAUCCUCCAAUGCACACCAUGUGCUAGGUACAUUUCUGCGAUUGACAUGGCCACAGAGGAAAGACAUCGUAGAAGCACAUAUUCGUGGGAAGAUGGGUACGCCCACGGAGGUUUUGAAUGAUGCGGUUCGGUUCCUGAGUGAGCUGUCACAAUCAGACGGGCGGCUGGACGAUUACAAGCGACGGAAACUAACGGACGGCUCACGCGCUCUGAAAUGGGACGCUUAUGCAAACCCGGCUGAGGCAUCGUUUAAGGGUCCAAGGCUUCACUCCAAGGCUCCUCGAGCUAAAUCUAACGUGGCCAUCGUCGAGCGCAAACGCAAACCCACUAAAGCACUUCGUCGUGGAGGCGUGGUCUGCUUCAUCUGCUGCGAAGAAGGGCAUACUGCCAAGUAUCAUCGUCAACACCUCAGUGAAGACAAGACUGAAACAGAGAGCUCACGAGCUCAAGGCAACGUGGCCAAAGCCGAAGAUGCUGUGGGUGACUCCGCUGAGGAUUCGGAUGAGGACUCGGCUUGAAGGUUGGGCGUCAGGUGCGGCCCGAUCUUAUUCGACUCGGGCGCGUCACAUCAUCUGACGAGCCAACUAAAUGGUUUCGAAGUGACUGAUAAAAAUGUGGCACUGGCUAUUCAAGUAGCAGACGGUAGGACCGUAGUCGCUUGAGCAAGAGGGCGGCUACGCAUCAAGGCCAUCGUUCUAGACAGUACUGGAAGCGAGAUCGAGAACACAUUCGUGGUGAAUGGCGUCUAAUUUGUACCAGAACUACCUCAUGCUGCUAUCUGUGUCUGCUCUAUGGCGCGAUGGACACACAGUGAGUUUUGGGCCCUUCAGCUGCACUUUAUUUUCAGGACGACGGAACCGGACAUGUUGUAUCGCACGCCUCAAAGGCGGUGUAUAUUCAGUUGUGACUACCGAUUCCGGAGGCAUUAAUACGCGCACAGCGCACGUUUUGAACGCAGCGGCACUUGGAAGGACGCUCGAGAUGUGGCACAGACGUUUAGGCCACGUGAAUUAUAAGACUCUAAAGGGAAUGGCCGGAAAGGGCUCAGCUCGCGGACUACGUGUUAUUCCUAGGGCGAAGCCUGCAAUGUGCACUAUGUGUGCGUUAACCAAGGCAUCCAGACAGACAGUACCGAAGACAAGGUCAAGCCCAGACAACGUAGCGGACGGCAUUUGCUACGUCGUUCUCGCUGGACCGAUAGCCGCCUCUCUAAUGGGUACAGGAACUUAAUGGUGGCAGUCUGGCGGGACUUCGUGCAAACGUACGCGAUGAAGCGAAAAAAUGAGGCCACUGGAAUGGUUAAACGAUUCCUUGCUAUGCUUGAGAGACAAGCUGAAGUUCCGGCCACAUUCCUGAAGGUACUACGAACCGAUGGUGGAACUGAAUUCAUCAACAAAGAUUUCAGGAAGCUUGCCCUAGCUCAAGGCAUUUGUUACAGCAUACGACUCCCUACACCUCAUUUCAAAACGGUGUCGAUGAGAGAAGCAUUCGCACAGUAACUGAGACUGCGGCAACAAUGCUUGUGGACUAGGGAUUACCCCACAAGUUGUGGGAAUACGCCCUGCAGCAUGCUACAUACAUUCGCAAUAGGAUUCCUC